GUACCUUUACUGGCAUCGCUGCCCGAAGAUGUAUCUAAGUUCAAAUGUCACUGCGCGUCCUUGCGCAUCUGCGCGGGCGCACUAUAAAUAGCGGUUCCCGCAUCGAAAACGGCAUCAGUCGCUCGAUUGACUUCUCAUAUACCGGUUAAACAAAAAAUACCACCAACACCAAAAAUGAAAUCGUUCAUCGUCUUCGCUCUGUUCGUGGCUGCCGCCGUCGCCGCUCCCGUCAGCUCUGACGCUGACGCGCAGAUCCUUCGCAACGACGUCGACAAUAUCGGUGUCGACGGAUACAACUAUGCUGUGGAGACUUCCAACGGCAUCUCCGUUCAGGAACAAGGCCAGCUGAAGAACGUCGGUUCCGAGAACGAAGCCAUCGAAGUCCGCGGUCAAUACUCCUACACCGGCCCUGAUGGCGUUGUCUACAGCGUCAGCUACGUCGCCAACGAGGAUGGUUUCCAGCCCCAGGGUGCCCAUCUUCCCGUCGCUUAAAUAACUUACCUACCCCCGUAACAUCUAGUCCAAAAAUACUCAUUUCCCCAAUCCCUUCCCUUGUUAAGCCAUUCAAGCGAUCUGUGAUAUGAUCCGUUGUUAAUAAAACAAUUUAUGUUUUAGUAAUUA